AUGUCUCUCAGCCUCUCCCAGAGCACAACGGUGCCCUCAACAGGACUCUACGUCCAAACAGUAAGCCGCAAAGGGGUCAGCAACUACCGCCGCAUCACCUUCUCCCUAACGGCCUCGAGCCCCCCAUCCACCCUCCCUCCCACCCCCCUCUCCCCUUCCCCGCAAUUCUUCUCGACCGGCAUCGGCGGCGCCGGCAACAUCAGGCACAAAUCCGAGCGCGCCAUCUUCUUCUUCGACGAGGAACUGGAGAAGGAGAAGGUCAUACGCGAGAACCGCGCGCCGGUCUACUCCAUCGGUCGGGGAGGCGCUGGGAAUAUAGUUUCAACGGAGUCACUGCCGAAGACCGGGUCGAAUGGCGCUAGCGUGGACUCGAUGCUGUCGGUGAGCUCGAUUCAGCCGGAGGCAGCAGUGGAUGGCGCGGAGGAGGGGAAGGUUGUUCUGAAGUCCGGUGCCGAUAGGGCGUGGAAUAGGGUUCGGGGAUUUCUUGGUCGGAGGUUGUUGUAGGGUUCCUUGGAUCAUAAUUUCUACACUUGUAUAGAUUUCCUUGUUUCACUUGUGGGUUUCCGGAGGAAUGCAUGAGGUCUAGUACUAUGGCUUGGGGAUUGGAGUUUUUUGGUCUUCGGAAAUCAGAUUAGGAUGUGGGUUCACGCGAAUCAGAGUCUCGAUAUCUAAAUU